UGCAGGUCAGCGGCCGGCCGCGGCUGUGGCGCCGGCGGUGGUGAGGGCGUGGGGAAGGGUGGGGUGAGGGGGCGAGGCCGCAGCGAAGGCGGUGAAAACUCUCCUCCCCGCGAUCCCCGCGCGUGGGACGGCGUGAACGUGGUGUCGGAGGGAUGUCCGCCUUCUCCGAGGCGGCGCUGGAGAAGAAGCUGUCGGAGUUGAGCAACUCGCAGCAGAGCGUGCAGACCCUGUCUCUGUGGCUCAUCCACCACCGCAAGCACUCGCGGCCCAUCGUCACCGUGUGGGAGCGAGAGCUCCGGAAAGCCAAGCCAAAUAGGAAGCUAACUUUUCUCUACCUAGCCAAUGAUGUCAUUCAGAACAGCAAAAGGAAGGGGCCGGAGUUUACAAAAGAUUUUGCACCCGUUAUAGUGGAGGCUUUUAAGCAUGUUUCAAGUGAAACUGAUGAAAGUUGUAAGAAACAUCUUGGAAGAGUUUUAUCUAUCUGGGAAGAAAGAUCUGUUUAUGAAAAUGAUGUACUAGACCAACUUAAGCAAGCUCUGUAUGGUGAUAAGAAACCUAGGAAGCGAACUUAUGAACAGAUAAAGAUAGAUGAAAGUGAGAACUGUUCUUCCCUGGGAUCUCCAAGUGAACCACCACAGACUCUAGAUCUCGUUAGAGCAUUACAAGAUCUAGAGAAUGCCGCUUCAGGUGAUGCAGCAGUUCAUCAGCGGAUCGCUUCACUGCCUGUUGAAGUCCAGGAAGUAUCCCUACUAGAUAAAAUAACAGACAAGGAAUCUGGUGAAAGGCUUUCUAAAAUGGUUGAGGAUGCCUGUAUGUUGCUGGCAGAUUACAAUGGCAGAUUGGCUGCAGAGAUAGAUGAUAGGAGACAGCUCACCCGCAUGCUGUCAGAUUUUCUUCGUUGUCAAAAGGAAGCCCUUGCUGAGAAAGAGCAUAAAUUGGAAGAAUAUAAGCGCAAGUUAGCCAGGGUCUCCCUGGUGCGCAAAGAACUCAGGUCCCGGAUCCAGAGCCUGCCAGACUUGUCUCGGUUGCCCAAUGUCACUGGAGGCCACAUGCACCUGCCUUUUGCGGGGGACAUCUACAGUGAGGAUUGA